UAUCUUCAGUCUGACUCUGAAUGACUACUCUUUGACCGGCACAUGUCGUGCGACAUUCUAGACUACUGUAGACAGCGAAGACAAAUCAGCGACACGCUGUGCCAUUUAUACAUAAACUUAAUGCUACAGCUGUGCAAUUUUAUAUAACUGUACAGAAAAUUAGGAGUUGGUACGUGACAAGAGUUAAGUUUUUAGCCUGCUUGGUGGGACGGAUUGACCGAAAUGUCGAUAAAAGGAUGGAACUCAGUGACGAGUCAGGAUCUCAACUCAUGGUUCAACCCUCAGAGAGAUCUCGUCAUUCAGAGAUUCGAGACGGAUGAUUGGGAUGAAACUAGGGAGGAUGAGAGUAUUUAUAAGCUCGAAGAUUGGAUGAACGAAAUGGAUGGUGUGGAUGGGAUGACUGGGAUGAGUAUGAAGGAUAUGGAUGGACUAAAGAAGGAUCUCCUUGACAGACCAAUGUUCAACAAUGAUAUCGAUAUCACAACCUCGACAACAACUUCAACAGAAAAUCCUGUGACUCCUUCAUCUGUGAUGAGUAACGACUCUCUGACCUUCUUUCUGGUGUACUGCUCCAUAUUCACCCUCACCAUCCUCUACAUCGGCGUUAAAUUAUCUAAAAACUGGCGGAAGCGGCGGUUACUCCUUGAAACACUCGCCGAGGAAGACCCCCCGGUCCAGGGCCGCUGCAACCACGCGAUCUGCCGCCAGGCCCAGGAGGUUAACCAUCUUCUUCCUUACACAAGCUUCGGAGCCAUGCUUCUCCCAGGUCUGAUGAAUAUUGAGACUGGUAGACCAGGGAGUGUAGCUGGACCUCUACACAACACUAUCAGUUGUAAUAACAGCUGUGAAAACUGUCAGAAACUAUCACUACCUCCUCCAAGCUAUACCAAGCUGUUCUUGGAUGAAACACCCCCUUCGUAUACAGAUGCAGUUACCAUGGGACCUAGGGAUGCUCUAAAUAUCGCGUUUAUUGAAACUUCUGAGAUUAAUGAAACUGCCUCGACACCUUUUCUUGUCAGGGUUACAGAGUUGCAGGAAAAUUCAGCCGAACUUGUUACUGAAGCUGUUACUGAACCAGUAGCAGAGCCUCAGGCUGAAUCAACAAAUGAAACUAAUUCUACAGCUGAAUCUGGAACUGAAUCAACAAAUGAAACUAAUUCUACAGCUGAAUCUGGAACUGAAUUAAGAAAUGGAACUAAUUCUACUGCUGAAUCUGGAACUGAAUUAACAAAUGAAACCGAAGUUAAAAAUAUUUGUGGAGCUGAAUCAAUAAACAGAAGAGAAAUUGUUAAACCCAGAUCUGAAUCAGUAGAAGAACCCGCCGUAGGAACUACAUCUAAAAGUAAUCCCACAGUUGAACCAGCAACCGAGUCUAGCAUGGAACUUGAACCGGGAAAAGAGUUUAAACCAGAUCCCAUGACGGAAAUUGAACCAGAUUUAAAUGGGAAAUGAACAAGAAACCGGAAACCGGGAUCCUGCAUUAUUAUCAAACUAAUAAUAUAUUACUUGACCUUUUGCACACUGUUGCCACAUUAAUUGUAAAUAUUUUUCAGUGUACAAUAUUACAAAUACAAAUUUCAAAUAUGUUAA